UUUGAGACUCAGCCUAGCCCAGGCAAGCUUCUGGUCCCCAGCUGCACUCAACAAACUUCGACACAAUGGUGUUCGCAUUUUGGAAGGUCUUUCUGAUCCUAAACUGCCUUGCAGGUCAAGUUAGUGUGGUGCAAGUGACCAUCCCAAACAGUGUCGUGAAUGUGACUGUUGGAUCUGAUGCCACUCUCAUCUGCACCUACACCAGCACUGUGGCCUCCCGGGACAAUCUUUCCAUCCAGUGGUCACUCUCCAAUAAGAAGGAGUCACGGCCAAUUACUAUUUACUAUUCUGAAGGUGGACAAGCUGCAUCCAUCGGGCGAUUUAAAGAUCGAAUUGUAGUGUCCAACGAGCCAGAUAACGCAUCCAUCACUAUUUUGCAUAUGCAACCAGCAGACAGUGGCACCUACACCUGCGAUGUUAACAAUCCCCCAGAUUUUAGUGGCAACAAUCAAGGCAUUCUUACAGUCAAUGUGUUAGUCAAACCUUCUAAGCCCUUUUGUAGCAUUCAAGGAACAGCAGAAACUGGCCGACCUCUAUCUCUUUCUUGCCACUCGGUGCUUGGAACACCUUCUCCUGUGUACCACUGGUAUAAACUUGAAGGAAGAAACACCAUCCCAGUGAAAGAAAACUUCAACCCAGCCACUGGGACUUUGGUUAUUGGAAACCUGACCAAUUUUGAACAAGGUUAUUACCAGUGCACCGCAAUCAACAUCCUUGGCAAUAGCUCCUGUGAAAUCGAUCUAACUGUUUCACAUCCAGAAGUUGGCAUCAUUGUUGGAGCGUUGGUGGGCACCCUAGUUGCUGCUGUCAUUAUCACCUCUGCAGUGUGCUUUGCAAGGAGCAAGGCAAAGGCAAAGGCAAAGGCAAAGGCAAAGGCAAAGGGGAAGGAAAGAAAGAGAAAUUCUAGAACCACCACAGAACUUGAACCAAUGACAAAGACAAACAGAGUUUCAGAGUUCGAGACAAUGCCAUCUGAAGACGUUAUUCAUCUAGAAGCGAUGCAACCUUCCUUCAAUGAAACUGAACCUGACACUAUCCUGGGGCCAGGUCAUGGGCCUAUUCCCAAGCCUGAGCCUUCCCUGGAGCCUGCCCAGGAGCCUGCCCCAGGAUUUGAGCCUGCUCCAGUGCCUGAGCUUGAGAUCCAGCUUGAGCCCGAGCCCGAGCCCGAGCCAGAGCCCGAGCCCGAGCCUGAACCUGAGCCGGAGCCUGAGAUUGUAGUUGAGCCCUUGUGUGAUGAGGAAAAACCAGUGAAUAAGUCAUAGGCUGGUAGCCUAAGUAGUGUUUGUCACUAAGGAACCCAUUUCUGGAGCUUAGAAUUCAGUUGACCUAACCAAUCCCCCACUGCUUCCCUCAAUUCUGACCAACCCUCUUCUAACAAGGUGCUCCUACCAUUAAUCUAAAAUAAACAGGUGAAGAUAAUUACUAAAUAAAUGGAAGGGUUCCUGCCUCACUGGUAAAGAGUACUUACAAUUUUAUUAAUAUGUAAGCAUAACUAAUGACAAAGGCAAGUGAUUUCUAAUUCAGUUGAAAGUGUUUUUGCAACAACACUUGUGUAGUGUUUCUGAAAAUCUUAUUUCUGUAUCUUUAGUUACUCUUUGUUACAUUCCACAUACACACAUGACAAGGUGGCUUUAAUUGGAUUCAAUAUUAUUUCUAGGAUUACUUCAGGGCUUCCCAUUUUCACAAUGACCACUAAGAAAAGAAAUCACCGUCGCCAUAGUGUAGAUUGGAAAAAAAAAUCUUUAAAAAUUCCAGAGGAGACUAUGAAAUGGGUAUGUAUUGAUUGGUACACAGCAUUUAAAACUAGGUCUUAAAAUUAAUGCUUCAUUUAUCAUAUUAGAUUUUCCAAUGAACCACCCUGUUAUUCAAUAUCUGAGCAUAGCAAUGUUUUUAAAUAAUCCAAUUUUAAAAUGCAAAGUAAUGUACAGGCAAACAAUUCCAAAUACAAUUUUCCUUUAGUGAAUACAAAAUGUUGAUAUCAUAGGUAAGGUACCAUUUAGCUUUAAAUGAGCUAUUGUGUUAUCACUGUGUCUCAUGCUACCUACUUUGGAAAAGCCAGUUUAGGAAACUGUUCUAAAUGAACACUUAAGAUCAAUUUUAGAUAAUCUGAACGAAUUAUUUAAUCUGUUUUACUGAUGGAGUAUUCCACAUUAAUGGAGAUAGCAUUCUAGUAUAUUAAAUAGUAACUAAAAUGAAUUGAUAUCACCUUUUCUUUACCUGUUAAAAAGUUCUUCCAUUGAUCAUAUUUCACCCACAUCCCACCUUGAAGAAAUGUACAGGUACACUUUUUCAUUUGUGUAAUUAAUCAGCUUUUAAAUCUUAUUUUGAGGUUCAAUAAAUAAUAUUCAAUAAAAUCUUAUUUUAAUGAUCCUAAGGUAAAUCUUCUAUAAGCAACUUUGCUGGCAUUUACUUUAUGUAGAAUAAACUGUACCUAUUUCAAGUGUA